GUGUGUGCUGCAGUGCCCAGUGCUCCUGUGCUCAGCAAUGCUCCAGCUUCCUGAGCAUCUCUACUGCAGUCACUGCCACACCAGGUGCUGCAGAGGCAAGUUCUGGAGUUAUGUAGGUUAAAGUCUCCCAGUGGAAAAGGGAAGAUAUGAGAGAGCAGAUUGCUGGUGGCCAUACUCACCAGAAGGAAAACAGAAAAAAGGAGCACGGAAUUCUGGAGCUGCAUCCAGACAAAUGUGAGGCUUGAGAGGUGAGCAACGUGAUAGGAAAGUGCUGCCAGCCCAUGAAUUUCCUGAGGAAACUCCCUCUCCACCAGCACCAACAUGCAGAGCAACUACUCCCUGGUUGUCACCACCAGGGAAAGUCUCCAAGUCCUGUCCACAGCACUGACAAACUCUUCGGCUGUGUCGCACUCAUCCCCUCCCUGCCCCCUUACCUCUUCAGACUAUCAGUUUUCACUCAUUCCAGCCCUCUUCUCUGCAGUUUUUGUUCUUGGCUUGGUUGGCAACAGCGUGGUGGUUGUGGUGCUCUGUCGUCACACUGGCCCCAAGACAGUUGCUAAUAUCUACAUUUUCAACCUGGCCAUGGCAGACCUGCUGUGCCUGGCCACCCUCCCCUUCUGGGCCACCUACUAUGCUCAGGGAUACAACUGGCUCUUCGGGUCUCUCAUGUGCAAGAUCUCCAGUUCUGUCCUCUGUCUGAAUAUGUUUGCAAGUAUUUUUUUCAUCACGUGCAUGAGCGUGGACCGGUACCACGCCAUUGUCCACCCUAUUCACUCCCAGAGGAGAACUCUACAACAAGCUUAUUUUGUAGCACUGGUUGUGUGGGGCCUCGCCUGUUUGUCCUCUCUCCCAACUUUUUAUUUCCGAGACACUCACUAUGUUGAAAGCUUGGAGGUCAAUGCUUGCAUUAUGGCCUUUCCUUAUGAGAACUAUGCACAGUGGUCUGUGGCAACAGCCUUCCUGAAAAACACCCUCGGCUUCUUCAUCCCCUUGGCAGUGAUCACCACCUGCUACAUCUGGAUCAGGAGGCACCUGCUUAAAGCACAGCAGUUUGGGAAAAGCAGGCAGAAGAGGGACAAAGUCCUGAAGCUGGUGGCUGCUGUCGUCGUGGCCUUCCUGAUUUCCUGGCUGCCAUUCCACGUUUUGACAUUUUUGAAUGCUCUGGCUCAUAUGGGUGUCAUCGACAGCUGUGAGGUGCUGGGGCUCAUCGACACGGCGCUGCCCUUCGGCAUCUGCAUGGCCUUCGCCAACAGCUGCAUCAACCCCCUGCUGUACUGCUUCAUUGGCAACCAGUUCCAGGAGAAGCUGCACCGCCUGUUCAAGAGGAGAGUCCACCAGUUCAGCAGCCACCGGGAGAGCUCCUCUGCCAGGAGGGGCAGCUGCUUCAGAGAGGCCGAAACCCCCGUGGGCAAAGAGGGGGAACCUGAGUCCUUCCUGUAGCCUCUGGGCACAGUGUGGGGUGAUGUCAGUGCAGCUGGAUGUCCCUGCAGUGGGGACAUUACUGUCUCCUCUUCCCUUUGUUUUGUGCCCAUUUAUUCACCAACUGUUUGAAGGAGAAUCUGUUUUUGUCGUACAUGGGGAUUUAUUCCUCUUUCCUUUUCACAAUGAGAACUCAAGUUUCACACAGAUGGAAGGUUCUGACAAAUAGCUGUAUUGAUGGCAUUUUGAAUGUCAGCUUUUUGUGUGGCUGAGAUCAGGCAACUGUCAUAUGUAACACAAGAAGGACCAUUACACCAUAGCUACAAUUGCAUAGGUACUGAGUAUUGUACCCUAAACUGAUUUUCUAAAAGAGAUUCUCACUAGAGAAUGUGUAAAUAAAGCAGUGCAGAUACUUCUGUACCUACCUGUAAGAAAAUAUUUUGACAUUUAUUUUGUAUAUUUUAAUUUUUUUAAAAAUAAAUGGCUAGAGAUGUAUGUAAAAUGCUUCA